UUAUAUACGAAUAAAAUAUUACGACUGCUAAUUAUAAUUUAAACAUUGAAACAAAUUAUGACAAUUUUAUAUAAUAUUUUAUGUAUUUUUUAUAAUGAUUAAAAAUUAUUAUGGUACUACAGUAGGCCUGAUGGAAUAUUCUAGAGUGUACUGGGACUCCAAUGGUAUUGGGCCAAGUCGAAGUUAGUAGCCAAUCAGCUUUGAGAACGUUUUUAUCAUAGACCAACUUGGACCAAUCACAUUUCUCCACGAUUGAAGUAGGUUCUUUCCACCUCCUCUGGAGAUAUAUUCCAGUCUACAGGCAAUUUCUGUUCAGUGUUGUUCGUUUGUGGGACGUUGUCAGUUCUGACGUGUAUAUCCUACUUGAUUGUAAAGUGAUCUUAUUGAUAAUUUUGAGGCUCCAACUCUAAGGGAUGAAGCUGCUUGGGUUUGCAGGUGGCCUUUGCUUGUUUUUUCUGUUGGCAAGGGCCGAGGAAAAGAACAAAGAUGUUGGAACAGUUGUGGGAAUAGAUCUUGGGACCACAUAUUCUUGUGUUGGUGUUUAUAAAAACGGACGUGUUGAAAUUAUUGCCAAUGAUCAAGGUAAUCGUAUCACCCCAUCAUAUGUAGCAUUUACCGGUGAAGGAGAAAGGUUGAUUGGAGAUGCUGCUAAAAACCAACUUACUACUAAUCCUGAGAAUACUGUCUUUGAUGCUAAGAGAUUAAUUGGUAGAGAAUGGACAGACUCAACUGUGCAAGAUGAUAUUAAAUUUUUCCCCUUUAAAGUUAUUGAAAAGAAUAGCAAACCACAUAUUCAAGUUUCUACCUCCCAAGGGAAUAAACUUUUUGCUCCUGAGGAAAUUUCUGCUAUGGUCUUAGGAAAAAUGAAGGAAACAGCUGAAGCCUAUCUUGGUAAAAAAGUCACACAUGCAGUUGUUACUGUUCCUGCUUACUUCAAUGAUGCUCAGCGUCAGGCCACUAAAGAUGCAGGAACUAUUUCUGGUUUGAAUGUUAUGAGAAUUAUCAAUGAGCCAACUGCUGCUGCUAUUGCUUAUGGAUUAGACAAGAAAGAGGGUGAAAAGAAUGUUUUAGUCUUUGAUCUGGGUGGUGGUACAUUCGAUGUGUCCUUACUUACCAUUGAUAAUGGUGUAUUCGAGGUCGUUUCUACCAAUGGUGAUACCCAUCUUGGUGGUGAAGACUUCGAUCAGCGGGUUAUGGAUCACUUUAUUAAAUUAUACAAGAAGAAGAAGGGUAAAGAUAUUCGUAAAGAUAACAGAGCUGUUCAAAAACUGAGACGUGAAGUUGAAAAGGCAAAGAGAGCAUUGUCUUCAAGCCAUCAGGUCAGAAUUGAAAUUGAAAGCUUCUUUGAUGGUGAAGAUUUCUCUGAAUCCCUCACCAGGGCCAAAUUCGAAGAAUUGAACAUGGACUUGUUCAGAUCUACCAUGAAACCUGUACAAAAAGUUUUAGAGGAUGCUGAUAUGAAUAAGAAAGAUGUUGAUGAAAUUGUCCUCGUUGGUGGAAGCACAAGAAUCCCAAAAGUCCAGCAGCUCGUAAAGGAAUUUUUUAACGGAAAAGAACCAUCCCGUGGCAUCAACCCUGAUGAAGCAGUUGCUUAUGGUGCUGCAGUUCAAGCUGGUGUCUUAUCAGGUGAACAGGAUACAGACUCUAUCGUACUUCUCGAUGUUAACCCACUGACUCUUGGUAUUGAAACAGUUGGUGGUGUCAUGACAAAGCUUAUUCCAAGAAAUACUGUAAUUCCUACUAAGAAAUCCCAAAUUUUCUCAACUGCUUCUGAUAACCAGCAUACUGUUACUAUCCAGGUAUAUGAAGGAGAAAGGCCAAUGACAAAAGAUAAUCAUCUUCUUGGUAAAUUUGAUCUUACAGGAAUUCCUCCAGCCCCUCGUGGAAUACCUCAAAUUGAAGUGACAUUUGAAAUUGAUGCUAAUGGUAUACUCCAGGUAUCUGCAGAAGAUAAGGGAACAGGCAACAGGGAAAAGAUUGUGAUCACAAAUGAUCAGAACAGGUUGACACCAGAGGAUAUUGAAAGAAUGAUCAAAGAUGCUGAGAAGUUUGCUGAUGAUGACAAGAAACUAAAGGAGAGGGUUGAAGCUAGGAAUGAACUGGAAUCUUAUGCAUAUUCCCUAAAGAAUCAGCUCUCUGACAAAGAUAAACUUGGAUCAAAGGUCACAGACGAUGAUAAGGUCAAGAUGGAAGCAGCUAUCGAUGAAAAGAUUAAGUGGUUAGAAGAAAACCAAGAUGCUGACAGUGAAUCCUUCCAGCAACAGAAAAAGGAGCUCGAAGAAAUCGUGAAGCCCAUCAUUACUAAGCUUUACCAAGGUGGUGCACCUCCUCCAGGAGGAGCUGAAGAAGAUGUUAAAGAUGAACUAUAAGACUGCUUUAGCUUCAUAAUUAAUUUUGUUUAACAAGACUUAAGUUAUUGAGAAAACAGCAGUAUUUAUAUUUCUAUAUUUUGAAGUAAUUACUGCAGUGUUGUUGCUCUGUAUAAACCCAGUUAGAGGAGAUUCUUAUUUAUUGAAAUAAAAAAAAAAAAUCCAUUCCACGAUAUCCUCUUACUUUUAGUGUUUAGAGAAAUUUUGUUAUCAAUAUAUUUAUUUUUUGUUUUUUUAAAUUAAUAAAUUAAGUUGUGUGAGGAAUGAUAUACUGAUGUAUGGAAUUGACAUUAUUUUAGUACUGUGUAUUACAUAAAUCAAUUUUUAUGUCAUUGUAUCAUUUCCAAGUGUACAAAUAUUUUGAGUGAUAUGUGUGUUGUGAUAAAAGAGGAGUAAAUAAAAAUUUUGUACAAAUUAUAA